UCUUCUCCUCACAGAGAGCUCAACAGAAGACUCACAGCCAUGACUCCUACAAUCACUGCCGCUCUCAUCUCCUCCAAACAGCAUCUUCCACUUACAAACAAGCUGAGGAAGCCAAUAGUGGAGAAGAUGCGUAGAGAACGCAUCAACAGCAGCAUUGAGAAGCUCAAGUCUCUCCUGGGCCAAGAAUUCCUGAAGCAGCAGCCUGAUUCCAGACAGGAGAAAGCCGACAUCCUGGAGAUGACAGUUCAUUUCCUGACACAGCAACAGCAGAAGCAGCAGCCCCACAACGCUGUCUGCUCCACUGCAGCCAGUGAAGGCUACAGCAGGUGUGUGCAGGAGGCCGUCAGCUUCCUGUCUCAGUGUAGAGUGCAGACUCCAUCCCAGAGAAGACUGCUGAGCCACUUCCUCACCAUGCAGCCUUCCAUGGAGAAAAGCACAAGCGCCCUUCAGAUCAGCUCUCCAGCCUGCCACACCAGCAGCAAAGUGGACACUCCAGCCCCUACUGCACUCUGGAGACCCUGGUAGAGCCACCAAGACCAUACGCCUGACAGUUUAUGUCAUGGACAGUUCAACAGUCUAACUGUUAUCACUGUUAACCAAGUGUAUUGGUUUAUCUUUAUUCAGACUGCUGUCUGUGUUCCCAGUUGGGAAGUUUCAUGAAAUUCAAAGGAUUCCUGCCAUGAGCAGAUCAUAGUAGCUCUUAUCAGAGCUUUGUAACUGUCUACUUGUUUAGUAGGAUGAUGCGUCUGCUUUGUAACAAUUGUACAUUGUUGAAUUAUGUCUCAUAUUGAGAUUCAUUGUGUUUUUGUUUCUAUGGAACCACCAUUAUAGAUCCAUUGGAUCUCAUAUGUUGAAUUAUUUUCUUGCUUGAAACACUUAUAUGUUUCCUAUAGAGCCUUUUUAUCAUAUUGAUAAAGAUGUAUAUGUGUUCUUUAUUUUUUAGAGGUGGAACGUUUUUGUCUCUAAACUACAUUGGUUUUCUCAUCACUUUACUCAAAGUGGUACCUAUAAAGAUGCUGAGCAUCCACAUCAUUAAAAAUCAUUCUUAUGUGA